CUCCCACUUCCGGUUUCUCGUUGCUACUUCUGGAAAAGAAAAAGAGAGGUCGUUUAUGUUGUCUGUGUUGACUGUUCUGCGUCUCGGAUUCCAGGACUGAAACAGCCGCUCCCACUAUUGCCAUCAUGUCGGUCCCGAGCGCCCUCAUGAAGCAGCCCCCCAUUCAUUCCACGGCUGGGGCCGUCCCAGUUCGCAAUGAGAAAGGGGAGAUUUCAAUGGAGAAGGUGAAGGUAAAACGUUAUGUGUCUGGGAAGAGGCCUGACUACGCGCCUAUGGAGUCCUCAGAUGAGGAGGAUGAAGAAUUUCAGUUCAUCAAGAAAGCCAAGGAGCAAGAAGCGGAGCCUGAAGAACAGGAAGAGGAUUCACCUAGCGAUCCUCGGCUUCGGCGUUUGCAGAACCGAAUCAAUGAAGAUGUUGAAGAAAGGUUGGCCCGGCAUCGGAAAAUAGUAGAGCCUGAAGUGGUGGGAGAAAGUGAUUCUGAAGUAGAAGGAGAUGCGAGGCGAAUGGAGAGAGAAGACAGUAGUGAGGAAGAAGAGGAAGAAAUUGAUGAUGAGGAAAUUGAGUGGCGUCGUGGCAUGAUGCGCCAGCGAGCACAGGAGAGGAAAAAUGAGGAAAUGGAAGUCAUGGAAGUGGAAGAUGAAGGGCAUUCAGGUGAAGAAUCAGAAUCUGAAUCUGAAUAUGAAGAAUAUACAGACAGUGAGGAUGAAAUGGAACCCCGACUCAAGCCAGUCUUCAUUCGAAAGAAGGACCGGGUAACAGUUCAAGAGCGUGAGGCAGAAGCACUAAAGCAGAAGGAGUUGGAGCAGGAGGCAAAACGUCUGGCUGAGGAGAGGCGCAAGUAUACACUCAAGAUUGUGGAAGAGGAGACAAAGAAGGAACUGGAAGAAAACAAACGUUCCCUGGCUGCCCUCGAUGCACUCAAUACAGAUGAUGAGAAUGAUGAGGAGGAAUAUGAGGCGUGGAAAGUUCGGGAGCUAAAAAGAAUCAAACGGGACAGAGAGGAUAGAGAAGCGAUUGAGAAGGAGAAAGCAGAGAUUGAACGCAUGAGAAACCUGACGGAAGAGGAAAGACGAGCUGAACUCCGAGCAAACGGCAAAGUUAUUACCAACAAAGCUGUUAAGGGCAAAUACAAGUUCUUGCAGAAGUACUAUCAUCGGGGUGCUUUCUUCAUGGAUGAAGAUGAAGAAGUAUACAAGAGAGAUUUCAGUGCUCCCACCCUGGAGGAUCAUUUCAAUAAGACAAUUCUACCCAAAGUUAUGCAGGUCAAGAACUUUGGAAGGUCCGGCAGAACCAAAUACACCCACCUUGUGGAUCAAGACACCACUUCCUUUGAUUCAGCUUGGGGUCAAGAGAGUGCCCAAAAUACCAAGUUUUUCAAGCAAAAAGCAGCUGGAGUGCGAGAUGUAUUUGAGAGGCCAUCUGCCAAGAAGAGGAAAACUACUUAGAAUUCAACUACCUACUUCUCUGAUUAUGGACACAUGGAGAAGUCUGUUUUGGGGUUUUCUUUUGAUUUUUCAAGAUUGCUCAUGCAGAACCUCCUCUCUGGCACCUUUUGAGCCUACCACCCUUUUUAUAAUUCCUAUGGGACCCUAAAACAAGAGACUGCAAGAGGAAUUUUUAAUGCUGAAAAGCAAUAUCCAGGUAUGAGCCUAAGCCUGGACUUGGUGGCUAGAUCCUAGACUUGGUUUCAUCACUUCACAUACAAACUCUGGGUUAUAAGUCUCAAGCUGGGACCAUGGGUUACAAAGAAGUAAUAAUACAGUAUCUCCUUAAGCGUUGGGAGAAAUACUAAUAGGGAACGUAAGCUUAUUAAAAAAACCCUGUUUUUGACAUUUUCUUA